AUGUUGAAAACCAACAGUAUCCCAAGCGAGGCCGAUAUCGUUGUUGUAGGUGGAGGCACAACGGGUCUCGUCGUUGCGACCCGUCUUGCAAGGGCUGACCCAAAACUGUCCAUCGUUGUUCUCGAGCAGGGCGCCAACAUUCGAAACGACCCUCAGAUUAUCAAUCCAGCCUUAUACCUUACAAACAUUGCCCCAAACUCGCAGACAGUAACACUGCACAAAUCCGAGGCUGCGGAGGAGGUCGCAGGGCGUGAAGCUAUCAUACCAUCAGGAAAAUGUCUGGGAGGAGGGAGUGCCAUCAACUUCAUGGUCUACUCUCGGCCUCAGAGCAUUGAUUUUGAUGAUUGGAAAACUGAUGGAUGGAGAGGGUCAGAUAUGGUUCCGUUUUUAAGGAAGUGUGAAUGUUUCCAAGAUACCGAUCCUGGGAUUAACAGAAAUCUACAUGGGUAUCAGGGUGAACUUAGCGUGUCUCCUGGUACCAAUGCACAGCCUGCAUUCCAGGAUGACUUUUUCAAAGCAUGCAAAAAAGUGAACAUACAACAGACGGCAGAUGUUCAAGAUCUAAAGACUUCAAAUGCUGUUGGGAAAUGGAACAUGUGGAUUGAUCGCAACACUGGAUUGAGGCAAGAUGUUGCUCACCAAUACCUGUUUCCGUUAUUGGAUCAAGCCAACACAUCUCUUCAAGUGGCCCCCGAUACCAAGGUUGUUCGGAUCUUGUUUGACAAUCAAAAGGCUGCUUCGGGCGUUGAAUAUGUGGCAGAGGGUGAUGUCAAGAGUCAACCACGUGUUAUAAAGGCCACGAAGCAGGUAAUCCUCGCCAGCGGCGCAUUGGGCUCGCCUCCAAUUCUAGAGAGAUCGGGUAUUGGUAGCAGAGAGCUCUUGAACAAGCUUGAUAUUCCGGUGAUUUCGGACCUACCAGGCGUCGGAUCUAGUUACCGGGACCACAAUGUCAUCUUCUACCCUUACAAAUCGACAUGCGAGAAAGACCAGACUCUUGAUGGAAUUGUCAGUGGACGUCUUGGUUUUAAAGAAGCCUUUCAGGCCAAAGUCGCCAGCCCAAAAAAGCAUAUACUCGGAUGGAAUGGUUUGGACUGUGUAGGGAAGCUCCGCCCAUCAAAGGCAGACGUAGCAUCGUUCAGUCCCGCGCUCCGACAGGCAUGGGAAAGGGACUUUGAACCGAGACCGGAGCGGCCGCUGAUUCUGAUUUCAACGUUGGCCGCUUAUAUAGGGGAUCAUUCCACCGUCGAGGAGGGCCAGUAUUUUUCAUGUGGCGCAUACACUCCAUACCCAUACUCACGCGGCUCCGUUCAUAUCAAGAGCCGGUCCGUUUUCGACAAUGGCGAAUUUCAUUGUGGAUUUCUGUCUAAUCGGCUUGACUUGGAGAAAUUGGUCUGGGGCUACAAGCUGCAACGUGAAAUUGUGCGCCGCAUGUCUUGUUACAGGGGCCCUCUACAGGAUGGCCAUCCUACCUUUCCCUUGGGAUCAAAAGCAGGCUACGAUGUUGUCGACAAGCAAUCAGCCGCUCGGGGAAGUCCAGUUCCAAUCACAUAUUCGAAAGAAGACGAUGAAAUUAUUGAAUCAUUUAUUCGAGAACGUGUGCAGACAACAUGGCAUAGUAUGGGCACAUGCGCUAUGAAGCCUCGAGAAGCCAACGGUGUUGUUGACGGGAACCUUGAUGUUUAUGGAGUCAGUAAAUUGAAGGUUGUUGAUUUGUCCAUCUGUCCAUCCAAUGUAUCUGCAAACACAUAUGCUACGGCUCUCGCUAUUGGGGAAAAGGCGGCCUCGCUUCUAGCCAAGGACUUGGAUAUCCCAUAUCCUGUUCUCGGUUCUGCAGAUAAUUAUGGAAAGAGUUUUGAUGUACAGUCUCGCAUUUAG